AUGCGUAAGGUCCCUAAAUCAUCAUUGAGCUAUCCUAUUGGUCCUACUGAUCUACUAUUGGCUAAGCGUUACUGGAUAAUCACCGUUCAGAGUGUGGCCUUUCAUAAGGAACUCGACUUGAUAACUGCUCAGGGAUUCGUGCCGCCCUCACACCCCAUCGCUCGACUCACCCCAUUUAAGGAUUCGGACGGAAUAUUAAGAGUAGGAGGGCGUCUCCAAGCAUCGAUGCUUACCAUGGAAGCAAAGCAUCCAGCGAUUCUACCUAAACAAUCACCGUUUACAACUCUGGUCAUAGCAGACUCUCAUAAGAGGACAUUGCAUGGCGGUACUCAGCUCACGUUGUGCACAACUCGAGAAGAAUUUUGGAUAAUGGGUGGACGUAUACCCAUUAGAAGUUAUAUCCACAAAUGCCUUCAAUGUACUCGCUAUCGUUGCAAACGGGCUCAGCAACUUAUGGGACAACUCCCGAAAGAGCGAGUAAUCCCAUCCCGUCCGUUCUUGAAUACUGGGGUUGAUUAUGCGGGGCCGUUCACUCUCAAGACCUGGAAGGGUAGAAACGCCCGCACCUAUAAAGGCUAUAUUGCGCUGUUCGUGUGCUUAUCUACUUCUGCAGUUCAUUUAGAGCUGGUAACGGACUAUUCUACAGAGGCGUUUAUAGCGGCAUACAAGAGGUUUACGGGACGACGAGGAAUUUGCGCUAGCCUCUGGAGUAACUGCGGCACGAAUUUCAAAGGGGCUGACGUUACACUACAACGAUUAUUCUCAAAAGCCACGGAGGAAUCCAACCACCUACUUUCCCUUUUAGCCAAUGACGGCACCCAAUGGAACUUUAAUCCGCCAUCAGCGUCACACUUUGGAGGAAAAUGGGAGGCAGGCGUAAAAUCGAUGAAGUACCAUUUUCAUCGAGUGAUGGGAGAAGUUUCAUUAACGUAUGAGGAAUUCACGACUCUUCUAGUUCAAAUUGAGGCGAUACUCAAUUCGAGACCUCUUACUUCGUGUAGUGAUGACCCGGACGACUUGAACGUCUUAACACCUGGCCACUGCAUAAUGGGUUGUGCACCCACACUCAUUCCAGAACCAUCACUAGAAGACGUUCAGCUUUCACAUUUGUCUCGCUGGCAAUUAAUACGGCAAAUGAUCGAUCGGUUUUGGACCAGGUGGUCCAAAGAAUACCUACAACGGCACCAAGCCAUCUCGAAAUGGAUGAGUAAAACCAAGGACAUUGGGGUCGGAUCCAUGGUACUGAUAAUCGAUGAGAGGUACCCUCCUGCUAAGUGGCCCCUUGGUCGAGUCACUGAAGUCCAUCCUGGCAAGGACGGACUAAUAAGAGUAGCAACGAUUAAAACUCAAUCUACAGUUCUAAAGAGGCCUAUAGUAAAGCUUUGCUUAUUGCCUGUUCAGGCUGACUAA